AACAUACAGUUAUCGACUGCAUGGAGCUACACUAGACUGUCAUUAACGUAUAUUUGUUUGUGGUAUAAAACUGUCAUUCAUCUCGUACACAACUCGGUGGACAGCUGUUCAUCCUGUUCCGUUCUCCGUUCAAGAAAGAAAGAAGAAGAAAAAAACGUUGCGGUUGUGUUUUUAUUUGGUUUUUACGGGAAAUAGGACUGUGAUUUUUAUCUCACGUUUAUUGCACGCUGUAGAUAUACGAAUGAUUUCACAGAAUGGGAUGUGUCCACGCUUCGUCAUCGAAUUCCCAAGAGGACAGCACGGUCAAAACUCUGUACCUGCAUCGCAAGCUAACCAGGAAGUCGCGUAAAAACGCGUCCGUUGGCCAGACGAACGGAGCCGCGCUAGAGCAGGAUCCGGCCCAAUUCUUUGACGUUCAACCGUCGUGUAUCGCCAGGAACUUCUCGUGUGAUAGUUUAUUGACUCUGGAUAUUUCAUUGGAAGGAAAGGAAUUCUCCAAGUUUCCCCGCUGGAGGGGUUACAAGAUGUGUAACGUUUGUGACAAGGACGAUAAAAUCGACAUUCUUCUGACCAUGGAGACGUCCAAACACAAGUUGUGUAACCGAUGCAUGAUGAUCACGGACAUACAAAACAAUAUGAAAUCAUGUGCCUCUUCCAAAGUCAGCGCCACGGCGUUUGCUAACCUUUUAGCUUUGACCGCCUUGGACCUCUCAGCUCCUGCUAGUGAUGCUCUUGUGAAGAACAGGAAGAAUGCCUGGAUACAGCUAGCAGGUCACCCAGGAGCUUUUGCCCCUGCAGGACCAAGCACAAUAUGGAAGAGGAGGAUAAAUUUCAAAGACAGCACAGAAACGAGGGCCUACGAAAUGCUGAUGAAGGACUCGGCUCAUGACAUUGUGCCCGAAUUCUUCAGGGAAGUGGAAUAUAAUGGAGAAUAUUUUAUAGAAAUUGAAGAUCUUUUACAGCAUUUUAUUAAUCCAAAUAUCAUGGAUAUUAAAAUUGGAAAAAGGACAUUUAUGGAGUCUGAAGUAAAGAACCCAGUGCUGCGUAAGGACUUGUACGAGAAGAUGGUUAAGCUGUGCCCUGGUGCCCCCACUCCUGAGGAGAGGGAACAACAGGCCAUCACCAAACUCAGAUAUAUGCAAUUCAGGGAGGAGGAAAGCUCCACUGCCGAGUAUGGCUUCAGAAUAGAGGCUCUACGGGUGUCUGGUGAAUCACCAACCACUAAUUUGAAGAAGGUGAAAACAAUGGCACAAAUAGAAAACGUUUUAUGUAAAUUCAUCAAGAACCAGGACUCUGUGCGAUGGAAGUUCCACAGCAGGCUAAAACAAAUCAAGGAGAAAUUCGAAUCCUCCUCUUUUUUAAUGUCACACCAGAUAAUUGGAAGCUCAAUCUUGUUUAUGUUUGAUGAAAUGGGUAAUACUGGAGCCUGGAUGAUCGACUUUUCAAAGACCGUCCCUCUCCCUCAGGGUAAAACCCUGACCCACAGGGAUGACUGGGCCCUGGGGAAUGGUGAGGACGGUUACCUGUAUGGAGUAGACUCUUUAAUUAAGAUUUUCGAGAACCUUAAAUGCAGCAAGAGUGACUCUAGAAACAUUCACGCACCGAACAAUCAAGACGACGGUUAAUGGCGGAACCGAGAGGAGGAAUCUGCUCCACUGCAAGAAACUCCGCAAAACAAGAAUCUCAAAACUUGGGGACCACAACAGUGUACCAAAUCCCAAGGAACGUACUGCAUGCUUGAAGACUGUUGUAUUGUGAAAGCAUGCAGUCACUGUUUUAUUUUUGAAAAAAAAAAAUCAUGACAAAGGUUGAGAGAUUUUGAAAAUAUUGAAUACUAGAGGAUGGUUUAAAUGUUAUAAUGAUGAGAUGCAGGUGUACAUGUUAAUGGCAGAUACCGGUACUUAAUUAUCAUCUACAAUGAAACAAAAAGAAACUAUGUAGACAGUAUAAACACUGGUGUCCAAAGCCAUUGUACCAUGCAUCCCUUCAGAGAGUAAAAGAACAAACAACCUUUUAAACACAACAUGAUAAUUCUACAAGACUUGGCGAUCAUGCAAGUUAAUGUGUUUUAACUAAAGCGGAACUCUUGAUUUUAGUUUCACAGCUAGUGUACGUUGGUUGUUCCUACGUUUUUAAAGUAAAUACAGAAAACGGUGACCAGAAAAUUUAACAAGUUUGGUGAUCGCAGAUGAAAUUCUGAUGAUACAUUAACUCUUAAAAGCUUUGUACUUUUGCUGAAUAUGUGCUAUUGAUCUUGUAAGGAGCUAAUGGACUCCCAUUUCCAUUAAUAAACUUUAUAUGACCAUGUACAUUUUUUCAUGUUCUUGUAUUAAAUGUGAUAAUAAUCUUGAGAUUUUCACCGAUAUUAGUUAAAUUGAAAACAUUUCAGAACAGAUGAAAGAAGUGAUGUGGUAGAUAUGAAUUGUUUUCUUCAAGUUAUAUUAUUUUUUUUUUUUUAGAUGGAAUGAAGUGCUUAGAACACAGUUAGUAGCUAUAUUAACAAAAGUAAUGAAUUUUGAGUUGUAUUUUUUUUUUUUAGACAAACUGAGUUUUAUUUCAGGGUAUGUUUUAAAAGCUGUAUGUGUUGCUGUGAAUAUUGUUUUAAAACUGUCUCGUUAAUAGAAGAAAAAUACAGGGACAUUCUCUACUGUAUGUGAUUUUUGACCACCAGCAUUGACUACUGUGUGUUUUAUUUUUUUCUUGAUUGAUAGACAUUAAUAAUUGUAAACCAAAUUGAUAUUUGUGCAUUCCAUUGGAUUUGCAUUGAGAUAAUACAAACUAUUAUUAACACUCCAAAUUUUAAAGCUGAUUAUGAUCAACAUGUGCUAGUGCUGGCACAGUUGAAGGCCUUAGUGUUACAAUGACUUGAAUAGAACUAUGUCAUUUUGCAGUUCUAUCAAAAACUGGAAAAGCAAUCAUGUGAAGCCAGCUAUGGAAGUUAUAAUAAAAUCAUAAAAUAUCCACAGAAGUUUCAAUUUUUCUAUAUAGAUGGUUUUUGAGAAGAUUAUUCUUUACUUAUUCCUAUGUAAAAUUACCCCCUUCCCCAAGAAUCAUUAUUUGAACAAAGUUGAAUCUACACUUCUCUAGGAUGCUUGAACAAGUUUCAGCUUUACUGGCCUUAUGGCAUUAGAGAAGAAUGAAAGAUUUUCCUCUAUUUAUAGUGUAAAAAUUCAUUGGAACCCCACUUUAUCUUUGGGGUCAUGAUUUGAAUCUUCACAAUCUGAAAAUGCUUCCACAGAAAUUUCAGCAUUUUUGGCCCAAUGGUUUUUGAGAGAAAUAUGAAAAUGUGAAAAGUUUACAGACCGAUUGCAAGAAGGCAAAUUACAAAAAAGUGAUCAGAAAAGCUCAAAUUAAGCUUUCAGCUCAGGCGAGUUAAAAAGUAGAUCACUGAACAGCUAUAAUUUAAAUUUUUUUGUUAUUCAGCCAGUCUAUAUUUUUCAUACUACAGUGUAUUAGGCUAAGUUUUAACCCAGAUUGAAGAAGAUAGUCAGUUGGAGCAUCUUACAACCUCAAGAUAUCUUUAUUGAAAAUGUAGGUCAGUGGCCUACUUUUAAAUUUUACCUUUAUUGUAUGAUUUAUCUUAGCAACAUUUGAUAUAUCUUAAAACUUACAUGUGUUGUAUGGCCUCCUUUUUAAAUUGUUUUAUGCAUCGUAAAAUUAAACAAGAACUUUUUUCAGUUCUGCAAUUUAUUUAAACAACAAUAUUGACAUUUUUCAGUGUCUUUGCCUGUGAUAACGCUACGUAUUGGUUUUGUACUAUAUAAACCCAUAAUACAAAUGACACCAAAUUGAGGUGCAAGCUGGGUUUGCUUAAUUAUAUUUUUUUAAUAAAUAUUUAAUCGUACGGAGGCUUAAAAUUAUAUAAAUAUAAGUAAUAAGGAAUCAUUCUUUGAAUAUUAUGAGGUGAUAAUUUCAGUCGGGGCGUGAUCAAAUCUACCAUAAAGCACUUCGGGCUUUAUUGGAUUUGAUCACGCCCUGACCGAAAUUAUCACCUCAAAAUACUCAAAGAAUGAUUCCUUAUUCCUUACUUACUGGGCCCAUUUGCCUCGAUUAUGUCGACAUUGUUAAUAUGUGUUGUCUUUAAAGAAACAAAGCCAAGCAAAAAGGGUCUUCAAAAUUUUAUUUUUCUGUAUUUUUCAGUAUUUUUAAAUUAUUAUUGUAUAUAUUAAGCUAUUAGGACAGCUCUUGUAAAUUGCACACAUUUAAUGCUUACAAAAUUUAAAGUCAAUAAAUACAAAAACAUGCACUCACACCCAUUAGUGUUCAUAUAUACUGUAUAUAACAAACAUGUACGUAUAUCCUAAUAAAAUGUAAAGAAAAAACUCAAAAAGUUGUUUUAAAAUAGUCAGGAAAACAAUUGGCUAAAAAUACAUAAUGAUAUGAAAAACUAAAUGAAAUACAUUUUCUUGAAAUGCUGCCAAGUGCAUUUGGUAUCAACUAAAAUAAAAUUGCCAUAAAUUUACUGAAAAAGUGUAAGAGAUAAAUACAGUACUUCAGUUUUGAACAAAAAAAGGUUGACUAAAAUAUAUACAUAUAUUAUUCGAAAAAAAAUCCUAAAUAAACUAUUGCACUAAAUUCAUCAUAAAACAUACUUAUUCGGCCAUUUUAAAACAUUCUUUUCAUUCAGAGUUUAAAAAAAAAUUACGCCCAAAAUAAGUAUGUUCUGUUCAAAAUACAUUCCACAAGAGCUUACCAUGCAUAAAAAACUAUAUAUACAGUCUUUCAGAUUAUGAUAUGUUUAAGAGUUGACUACAACUAUAUUGGAAUUAUAUAACUUGUAGGUUCUAUGAACCAGUUACAACAAGAAUGGUAUAAACAGACAAAGAAAAAAAACUUAACCAAAACGACAUAAAACAAAACAGCCUCAACAAGUGACCCUAAAUAAAGCAGUCAUGGACAGAGAAACAGGUGCUAAUGUAUACAACAAACUGUGUGGAAUAUAACUGUACACGCAACAAAUAAAAAAUACCCAUAAUAUGAUGCAUUGCCAUUCAAUCUGUGACAAUAGGUUGCCGAGAUCAUAGAAAUUUCUCAAUACAUGUUCACACUGUAGCUUUUCAAGCA